AUGCUCCCCCCAGCUUAUAUGAUUGGCGCAGCGGCUCUCGACACUCUGAAGAAAAGGAAGAAGAGCAAGGGACCUAGCAGAGCUAAGAACAAGAAAACACAGGAGAAGCAAGACCCUAGCACAAAGAAAUAUGUCAUCAGAGUUAGGGACUUUGAGGCUAUGGCGAAACAUGUUGCCGAGACGAAUGCUGUUGCGGUUCCUCAUCGGACUGCUGUAGCUUUGGAGAGAGGUUUCUGGGGUGUGUUGAACGCAUCUGGUUAUGUUGAUUCCAGUCUUGCUAAUAUUAUUUAUAGUUCGACGAUCAUUCUCUCAGAAGCUCACAGAGAGCGGUGCAAGAAGGGAUCGUCGCUGGUGCUUCUUACUCUCAUUUCGUUGAGGUCCUGGAGAAAGUCCGCGGCUAUCUCAAACCCAUCAUGGAAGCUGGUCUUUUCAAACCAGAUGAUCUCGACAAAAAGACAGAUGUCAAGACAAACCACACCGCCAAGGGCAUGUUUGACGUCCUCAGCGUCUACACCCUUUUCAGAAGAAUUCCUCAAUGCUCCUAACAUCACUGCUACACCUACACCUGAAACCCAAUACACCGUCGAGGAAGAGGUCACCUGGGAAGAUGCCUUCUUCGCUUUCACCACGCUUCUCCGCGACUAUGAUUAUCUUAGCCAAGAGAUUCAUUCGCUCUGGGAGAAGUACGCCAAUGGUGAACUUGAUCUUGCCACUGUGGCUCUAGCUACCAACACAGCGUUUGAGUUUGCCCACAGCAUGGAGAUGGACAUCAAGAAGGUGAUGGACAAAUUCGGCGGCACAACUGUUUUCGCGCAACUGUGCUUCAACGCAGCUUGUGAGGGGCUAGGAAUCGACAAGGAAAGGAAUAGCCCAGGCGCAAUGUACAACCUUGCGGCUUACGACGUGGCCAAGGUCCUGACUCUAAACAGCAUGGGUCUUUUCAAGAGCUUAGUAGAUCACAACCGUGACGCUGUCAUAUCUGGAAGCUACAACGGCGCCUUUGGUUGGUAUGAAGACAGGCUCGGUGCCGGUGGCGGAAAUAACACUGAGAGGCGGAAUCGGGACAAGACGGCCCUGUCUGAGAUUUUCCCGGGUUUUCACUUCCUUAACACAACCCCCGGUCAAGGCGACGUGGAGGACGAGCUUGUCCGCGGCAUGGGCGCUGCGCUCAAAGAAAAGAAAGAGAACCUCGGUCUUGGAGAGUCCGUCGGACGCGGGUAUGAGCAGUUCAAGCAGGAGAGUCUGAAGAUCCAAAAGGCUCUUGUUGAUCUUCCUAAGACGGCUGAGCGCAGGCAAGUCCUCCAAGUAGCGACGCGCUGGAACCACGACCCUAUCUAUGAGACGAACCAGUCGAUGAUGGAGUUCGGGGCUAUGGCUCACAGUGAUGAUAAUGCGGCGUCCCCGUUUCUUCGUCGGAACCCCAUAUACUGCGGUCUUUUGAUCCAUCAAAUGCGAUCUAUGCUGCAUGUCAAUGGUGUCAAGGCUGCUGCGCCUAGCAGAGGCCAAGCGUGGGAGGGUCUCGAGGAGUUCUGGGGAUACCAAGGCAACCAGUGCUUCUUCGUUGGAAAUCCGUCCAAGGACCUUGAGGGCUACUACAAGAACUACUGUCUCUGCCUAGGCACUUCACUCACCCAUCAAGCACCAAACAGGCGGAGCGCCAAGCCUACCAAACAUAAAGGCAAUGCACCAAACAUGAAGUUCGAUGGCUGGGUAUCCCUUUCGUUGGACAACCGUAUUUGUGUGGAUAAUCCCCGUGAGCCUUGGACAAUUGCUACCGUUAGAGAACUCUUGACGGAGUGUCGUAAGAAGGCAAUCAUGGAUGGCAAGGGUCAUAUACAGGAGGGCCUGAAGCAAAAGGCCAAGGAGGCCAAUCUCGAGGCAGUGCCAAAAUCUCCAAGUGGUCUCAUCGAACAGCUCGCCCAAGUCGUCAACAGCGAAAUCCCCCGUAUCAGCUUCAACUUCUUCACCAUGCACAACAUCGCCUGGUCCCUCCUAACCGAUCUCAAGCGCGACCUCGCCGCCGGAGUUGGCCCCGAGUUCCUCACCUACGUACCUUCCGAGGACCAACUGCCCUUUGUAGUAGGCUACGUCUCCUCGACGGCCGCGGGGCACGGGAGCUCCGAUGUCCGAGAGCGCAGCGUGGGAAAUGAUAGGUUCCUCAACGUCGCCACAGAAGCCAUGGACGAGUUUUUAUACGAGGGUAAAGGAAACUAA